AACCGCUUACGUCAUAGAAUAAUCAACCUAUGACAACUGUGCUGUCAUCGUCAAAAUGUCAAAAUAUUGUCAUUUUUCCUCGGACAACAAUUACGAUUAGUUUGCCGCUCUGACUUUACCUGUGUACCUCAUUAGUUGUCCUGUGGUGUGAAGCAAUCAGCCAGUACCUAAAAUGGACGAUAGUCAAAAACCUUUUGCCUGUACUGUGGAAGGUUGCGAGAUGACUUUUACGAACGAAGACCACUUGAACUGGCAUCACAAGAAGCACGACAUGGUUUUAAACUUGGGUUUGGCGAAUAAAAGUGCCGAAGUUGCUGACCAGACCCCAACUCCUACGAGAUUCAUCAGAAAUUGUGAAGAAGUUGGUCUAUUUCAAGACCUACAGAACGUCAAUCCGUUUGAUGAAACUUUCAAAAAAGCCAUAGAGUGUGCGAAAUCAGGAACAUUACAUGUGCCAGAACUGGCCUCAAAUGAUGAUACACUACACACGCCUCAUAUAUUUCCACAUGUGGAAAGUACGAGCGCUAAGUACAUGGGUGCAAGGAAUGACAAUCAGUCAACUCAGUCAACCGAUUUUUGUAUUGAUAGUGUGCCAGCAAUUAACGAAAAUAGCGAGCCUGAUGCAAGUUAUGAUUUAACAAUUCUGCCAGAUGAAUCAGUUAAAGAUACCGUAAAAACCAAACACGACGAACUUAAAAAUAAAUUGAAAGAGACGAUACAAAAUAAGGUAAAGACUCCAAUUGUAAUUACUCCAGUACCAUUGGAAAGGUUAAAAGUUAAUGAGAGCGUGCCAUCGAAGCGAGUUAAUACUGAACAAGACAGCACUGUUACUUUUAAUAAAAGACAAAGGUCAGGAAAAGACAUUGAUGAGAAAGCUAAAAUACGUGAAAUGAAUAGGGCGGCUCAAUUAAGGUGUCGAAAGCGUAAACAAAUCCAGUGGAAGCGAAUGGAAGAAGAAUUACAACUACUCAAAAAUGAAAAUUCUAAUUUAAAUCACGAAAAUCAAAAUUUUAGACACAAAUUUUACGCCCUGAAAGAGUUACUAAUUAAGCAUAAAUGCAACAUAUCUGAAGAUGGUUCAUUUUUAGCUAAAGUUGAAGAAAUCUUAAAUGCUCCUCCAUUAAUUUCUAAGAAAAGCACAUCAGAAAACACAUCUCUUAGUAAACGCAAAAAAUCCAAGACGUCGCCCAUAGUUCCAGUUGCUCUUAUCCAAAAUUCAGGACAACCAGUGCAAAAUCCUUUACUAAUACAAGUUAUGGGCUCAGUACAACAGUUAGCAGUGUCAGUGCUGCCAAAUAAAUCGUAAUUGUGUUCAUUCACUCAGUAUUCUGAUAGUUAAGUAUUAAAUUAUGUGCAGUAAAACGCACAAGCUCAGUUGGAGAUACUAAGUUAUUUUUAUAUACAUGUGAAGUUUGUGUAUUUUAUCCAGAAUAUGUGUAUGAUGCUGAUGUUUAAAGUGUGGGUCCGUGAUAUAAUGCUUGUUUUAAAGCGUUAUUUAAUUCUUUUGUGAUACAUCACUGUUCUUGUCUUUAGCUUUAAUUUGUUGUUAAGUAUAUAGCUCAUAUAAUUUUGUAUUUGCAAAUUUACAAUAAAUUUUAAAAUAAUUAAAA